GCGGGUUCACAGCAUGGGGAGAGCUGCUCCCAGGGCGGAGGGAGUCCAUAUAACGCGGACUCUGCGGCACCUCCUAGAGGAACAGAGCGCCUCUCCGGCCUCAAAGGCUGCUGCAAAUGCUAGUCCGCGGGCCACGGCCGCGCCUGUCUUGCGGACGCUCAUGGGAAACGUAGUUCAAAGGGCGUGGGUGGUGCCUUCGGUGCAGGCGAGAGAUUGGUCGACGCGGCGUCGCCGGGGCAACUCCCGGCUAAGGCUCCCCGCGUUGCGCGGCGCCGCUUCCGGGAAGCGGCCUCCCAGCAACGGCUCCGGGGUAGAGGUGAGCGCAGGCUGCCAGAGGCGGCGCAGCCGUUCCACCCCGUGGGAGGGUUUGGGGCCGCCCUCGGGCCUGCACAGCUCCUGCUCUCGGCGCCCUGGGGGCCCGCCCACCUCCGGACAAGCCCCGCGCGUUGGCUCAGCCCGCACACGGGCCUUUCCUCCCCCUCAACACCGCUCCGGGGGGCCGGCCCGGGCACGUCCUCUUGGAACACCUCCCUCUUGCCUUCCCCUUUGGGAAACAGACCCCGAAGUUCGAGCAUCCCUCGGAUAGGCCGGGUAUCAGGCCUGGUCUCUCAGGCCAGUCCAGGCCCAUCUUGACGAUUCCAAGACCACCCCCUUGAGCAAAAAUGCCAUCCCCUCUGGGUCCCCCAUGCCUGCCCCUCAUGGACCCAGAGACUGCCCUCGAGGAGCCUGAGACUGCCCGCCUCCGCUUCCGAGGGUUCCGCUACCAGGAGGUGGCAGGUCCCCGAGAAGCCCUGGCCCGGCUGCGUGAGCUGUGUCGCCAGUGGCUGCAGCCUGAGGCACACUCCAAGGAGCAGAUGCUGGAGAUGCUGGUGCUGGAGCAGUUUCUGGGCACACUGCCUCCCGAGAUCCAGGCCUGGGUGCGCGGUCAGCGGCCAAGCAGUCCUGAGGAGGCCGCUGCCCUAGUCGAAGGACUACAGCAUGACCCUGGGCAACUGUUGGGCUGGAUCACAGCCCACAUCCUGAAGCAGGAGGUGCUCCCUGCAGCUCAGAAAACAGAGGAACCAUUGGGGAGCCCCCACCCCUCAGGGACAGUGGAGUCCCCUGGAGAGGGUCCCCAGGACACCAGAAUAGAGGGGUCUGUCCAGCUCAGCUGCAGUGUGAAGGAGGAGCCCAAUGUCGAUGGACAGGAAAUGGCACCCUCUAGCCCUCCACUUGCAGUGCAGUCCCCUGAGGGGCACCAUGGACACCAAGAAGCAGCCUCCACAUCCUUCCACCCUCCCAGGAUUCAGGAGGAGUGGGGGCUGCUGGACCGGUCACAGAAGGAACUGUACUGGGAUACGAUGCUGGAGAAGUACGGCACGGUGGUCUCCCUGGGGUUACCGCCCCACCAGCCAGAGGCACAGGCCCAGUCAGAGCUGGGGAUGCUGCUCAUGGGGACAGGCGUCUGCAGAAGUCUGCACUCAGGAAAUGAGAGUGAGGGUCCACCCGGCUGCCCAGAGGCCCAGCCGCCCCAGGGCCCAGGGCCUGCAGCCUGGGAGGGCCUGCCUGAGGCCACCACUCCUGCCCCCACUGCGCGCCCAGGGACACCACCAGUGCCCACUCAGCCCACACCCACAGAGACGAGACUGGAGCCGGGUACCACCCCUAGGAAGCCCUACACGUGCGAGCAGUGUGGACGCGGCUUUGACUGGAAGUCAGUGUUCGUCAUCCACCACCGGACACACACGAGUGGGCCAGGUGCGCAGUCCCCAGGGCUAGCCGCCAGGGAAGGCACAGAGAAGCCACCGCAAGGGGAGCUGGCCUUUCCACGCCACCCCCGACAUUCACUCGCAGGCCCCCGGAGCUACCCAUGUGAGGAGUGCGGGUGCAGCUUCAGCUGGAAGUCGCAGCUGGUCAUCCACCGCAAGGGCCACACGGGCCAGCGGCGCCACUUCUGCAGUGACUGUGGCCGCGCCUUCGACUGGAAGUCGCAGCUGGUCAUCCACCGCAAGGGCCACCGGCCGGAGGCUCCAUGAGCAGCCACAUGGCGCAGUCACUCGGGGCCUCGCUGUUCUCGCGGCCUGGAUGCAGCCUCUGGGGCACCAGUAGAAGACUCUGGAGGCAGAAGGGGAUGCCGGAGUGAACAGGGGGUCCUAAGCCAGUUCCCUGCCCCUGGUCUGGUCUCCCCCAAAAGACCUGGGUGCAAGGAAAAGGAGCUGCUCCCUCCCUCCUUGCCCCCGCCUCCUGGAGGGAGGUCUGAGUUCCUUUCUGUGGGUGACCAGUGCCUGUGGGGUGACUGCCAGGCACCAGGCUCCCUCCCUCCCCGCGACAUGGCCCUGGGAUGACAACACUCCCUCUCUGGGACCUCCUUGCCUCAGGUGGGUGUUCACAAACUGUGCCUUCCCACCCCUCUGUGCAGAGGCUGGGCCUGAGGUUUCCGUGUGGAGGGCAGAAGACCCCGGAAAGCCCAAUUGGCUUCCGUUUCUCCUGCUCCGUGUGUGUGAGAAUUUUAGCAUAAAUUCCACUUUCAUAAUA